AUGGAAUUUUCUCCUGGGAGCAGAACCCCCGUCGUUGUUGGUUUGGACCUGGGGACCACAUUUUCCGGGUUUUCGUAUGCGCUACUGACGAUGAAUGGACCGAAAUGCUUCUGGUGGACAGUCAACGGUAAUCGGUCACCGAAAACACCAACUAAACUCAUGGUUUUGGAUUCAAACAAAGUCAAGGAUCCUGAUACCAACAUCGAAUGGUUCAAGCUUGGCUUGCCUCACCCUGAUGAUCUACCAUCAGACCUCAGAAACUCUCCCAAGUUCAAGGAAUUAAACCUCGCCAGAGCAGCUGUGGGUAUGACAGCCAAAGAAGCCACAGCAAAAUUCAUCAACAAUAUCUGGAAAGUCUUCCUUGACCAUCUUCAAGAGAAGAUCCCAUACCCCUAUAUCCAGAUAACUGUCACAGUCCCUGUGCUUUGGCCCGAGGACGCUUGUCGAGCCAUGUUUGAAGCCCUCCAUCAAGCACAGAUGCUGAACGAAAAUGUGGUACUGGCACCUAAAUUCCUUGCCGAGCCAGAGGCUGCGGCUCUAGCAUUCUUUUCAGAUGCACUUUACCUCGAGGAAUCCUCCAAACUUGAGCCAGGACAGACUGUCUUGGUCUGUGACUGUGGCGGCGGUACCGUUUGCUCAUCCCUCCUCAAGGACACUGUCGCCUAUGGGAUCUCCUCCAUUCGCCCCUUCUGCGUCGAAGAAAUCCGCCCUGCGCAAUGUAUCUUUGCCGGAGCCUGUCUCAUCGAUGAUGAAUUCAUGCGAGUUCUGAAGAACAAGAUCGAGACGAUGAUCUCUCCCCGGGUGUUCGAAGCCCUGACAGCAAAGGACCUCUACGAUAUAACCAAUAGAUGGGAGCUUGGGAUAAAGGUGGAAUUCAGAGACAACUACCCGACCCAAAGGAUCUGUCUGCCUAUCAAGUGGGCUUCGAGCCGCAUGAGAAGAAUGCGUGUUGGACAAGGUGAUGAGGUGACAUUCACCCACGAUGAUCUUGCUUCAAUCUUUGACCCAAUUGUAGGAAAGAUCACACACCUGAUCGAGAAGGAGAUGCUGGGUAUUUCAGCCAAGCUUUCAAAGGACGUAACGCACCUCGUUGUGGCCGGAGGUUUUGGGCAGAAUGCCUAUCUGCGAUCAAGAAUCGCAGAGACUGUGGCCAGAGUUUCUCCCACCACGAACCUCGUUGACUAUCCACCUGGAGAUGGCUGGAAUGCAGUGUCCAUGGGAGCCGUUGCCCACGCUCUCCACGCGCAGGCGGUGCAGCAACCGGCCGUAGUAACCUCCAGACUCGUCAGAACUGGCUGGGGAGUUAGUGUCGACCGCGGAAGCUCAAUCUUCUGGCUCGUUGGCGAAAAUGAAUCUCUUGGCGCCACACAACGCAAUCUACGACGUAUACCCCCCGAAGCUCUUUCGAUCGACGAUCACACCGGCAGGGACAGCUUUAGUAUCCAUGUCCACAGUAGACAUCUCAACAACGAAGCGCCACGCAUUCGUGAAGUCUGUACACUCAUCUGGAAGACCUGUGAUGUUGGGUUGAACUCCGACCUGAAACCCGUUCUCAAGGCCGAUUUGCAGAUCGAUUUUCAAUGGGACGGGGCGGCGAUGGAAUUCUCACUGAUUUAUGGCGAUGUUCAGCAGAGCUCGGUGGAGGUCAAGUACCCUUGGGAGGUUUGA